AUGGAGCUGGGAAAGGCAAAGCUGCUGAGAACUGGCCUCAACGCUUUAUAUCAGGCCAUCCAUCCCGUGCAUGGAAUCGCUUGGACAGAUGGGAAACAAGUGAUACUGACCGCUUUAUACUACCAAAACGGAGAGCUGAAAUUUGGAGACUCAAGUGUUCUUGGCCAAUUUGAACAUGUUCAUGGGCUUUACUGGGGCCCAUGUUGCUCUACAGACACCCCAGCUCUGCUCGCUGUUCAGCACAAAAAGCACGUAAGCAUUUGGCAGCUGCGCUACAGCACUGCAGAUAGGAAAAAACCCUUGAUUUCUCAGACUUGUGAAGUUGGUGAGCCAUUCCCUCUGCUCUCUCAGGGCUGCGUCUGGCAUCCAAAGAAGGAGGUCUUGGCUGUGCUUACAAAACGGGAUGCUUCAGUCUUGCAUGCUGUUCGUACUGACAACGCACGGGUUAAGGCAGAUAUCAAGAGCAGUGGGCUCAUCCACUGUGCUUGCUGGACGAAGGAUGGUAAUCGUUUAGUAGUUGCUAUAGGCAGUGCCUUGCACUCCUACAUAUGGGAUAAUGCUCAGAAAACUCUAAAUAUCUGCUCCUUUUGCCCAGUCUUUGAUGUGGGAGGUUAUAUCUGUGCUAUAGAAGCCACACUGGAUUUCCAAAUUGCUGUAGCUACUGAGCUUCCUUUAGAUAAUAUCUGUGGUUUCAAUGCAGGCAUUGCAUUUGAUGUGCCGUCUGGUACAGAAGCUGGUUCUUUAAUCUCACACUCUGCUCUGGUGCUCGGUGAUGAGGAAUACUCACUGGACACGCGAAGAAAGUCCAUAGAUUCAGAUAGAUCAGGUGUUGAUUCAGUUGCUUCUUCUUCGUCAGGUCCGGUGGAUUUAACCCAUAUCCUUGCAAACCACCGUCGGUCUGAUCCCAGUCCUCUCGUUACUCUGAAACGCAAAGACUCUGCAGCAACAAAUGGUCAAGAUUCUUCUCACUUGAUCUUGGUGACUUUUGAGAGGAAAGUAACCACCACCAGAAAAGUCACCAUCCCAGGUAUUCUGGUUCCUGAUAUAAUGGCUUUUGACCUUAGAGCUCAGAUUGUGGCAGUAGCCUCUAAUACUUCUAACAUUGUUCUGGUGUAUUCAGUAACCUCUUCCUGCAUGCCUCACAUUCAACAAAUCCAGCUGGAAAAAAAUGAAAGACCAAAAGGCUUAUGCUUUUUAACAGAUAAACUCUUACUGAUUCUGAUUGGUAAGCAGAAGUUCCCUGAUCCUAAUCUCAUUCCAUCUACAAGUUCAGACAGGUAUGUAAUACGUCUCAUGAUCAAAGAAUUGAUGCUGGAAGAAAAUUCUUCAGCAUUGCCGGAGACUAAGCAGAAUAUAUUUUAUAACUUUGAAUCCUCUGUUAAUAUACCUGGAAAAAGAAAGUUCUUUGAAAGCCUUGCUACAGAAGACCAACCUCAAAGCAGGGAACUGUUAAUACCAAGAAGCACAGUUAUUCAAUCACCAAGUGGUAGGAGAAGACUCAUCGAAGAAGUAAAGAGCCCUAGUUAUGAGCAGAGCUCUUCAUCAAGUGUGAGUGACCUGGAUGAAAAAAGGCUCCCAGGUGACUCCUCAGUGGCCUUGGAAACUUUGGAUGCUGAACCUACGAAUCGCUCAGUGUCUCUUCGUGGUUUUGGAUCACCUACCAGGAUUUCCAGCAGACCAACAUCCCCCAAAGUGCAGUUCAAUGAGAUCCGAGAAACACCAAGUUCUCCUAAAAACAACAAUUUGCCAAGUGAAAGAGGAGUGAGUCACAUAUCUAGAAAUUUAGAGAGACUUUGUGGCAGCUUCAAUGAGUUACAAGUGAGUCUCUCUGAAAUAACGGACUUCGCCAGAAACGGGAGGAGGAUAUCUUUGGCCUAUCCGUGCUCACAGGAACCACCCAUCGUUCAUAUCAUUUACCAGGUAACAAUUUACCAGCUUAAAAAUAUUGCGAUAGGACACUAA